UUUUUUAAUAAUCUCAAUAGUUCUUCUAAAAUAAAUACAUAUUGCUUUAUUAAUAAAGGAAUAAUAGAAAUUAAUAGGAUACUUACAUGUAAAAGAGAUUCUUGUUAAAUAAUUGAACAAGAUAAAACCUUCAAUUUAACUAUUAUUGAUGAAAUAUGUGAAUGAUGAUUUCAGAAAAAAAAAAGAGAUAAAACAAAAUAAGAAAAGACCUAAUAACUAUUUUAUUUUUAAAAUAUUAAAAAAAUUAAUCUAUAGUACCAGUUAAUAAGAAAAAAUAAAUAAAUGAAAUUCUAUAAAAAUAUUAAUGGACAAGAUUAGUUUUAUAUAAUCUAAUGUUAAAUAGUUGAUUAAGGCAUUGUAACUACAAUACCUUGAAGUCACCCUAGAAUUCACCUAUUGUGCCGCUCAUUCUUGCACUGAUCUCUCUCUUUCUCUCUCUCUCUCUCCCUCUCCUAAGUCUUAUUAACUCCCGCCAUCUACGGCUAUGUUUGAACCUUUCCACCAUACAAAUCCAUUUUGAGACCUAAAAUCUUGAAAGAUACGGGCAUAUGUAUGAAUAUGUUGCUAUGAUCGAUUGAUAUCGGGUAAAGAGACUAGUCAGUAGUGAGGAAAAAUGGAGAAGUACUUGAAAGAGAACUUUGACGUGGAGGGAAAGAGACCAUCUGAAGAAGCAUUAAGGCGAUGGAGAUCUGCUGUUUCAAUAGUCAAGAACCCUCGUCGAAGGUUUCGUAUGGUUGCAGAUCUUGCAAAGCGUGCUGAAGCCGAAAGAAAACGUGUAAAGCUUCAGGAGAAGAUACGAGUAGCACUGUACGUGCAAAAGGCAGCAUUGCAUUUCAUAGAUGCUGUUAACCGAAAUGACUACAAGCUCACAGAUUAUGUAAGGCAAGCUGGUUUUGAGGUUGAACCUGAUCAUCUAGCUUCCAUUGUUCGAAUCCAUGAUUCCAAAGGCUUGAAAACUCACGGAGGAGUUGAAGGAUUGGCUAGAGAAGUUGCUGUCUCUUUAACUGAUGGAAUUGUGCCAAGUGAUGUUUCUCUUAGGCAAAAGAUAUUUGGCCUUAAUCAAUAUGCUGAGAAACCGUCUAGAUCUUUCUGGAUGUUUGUUUGGGAAGCUCUACAUGACCUAACUCUAAUCGUCCUCAUCGUGUGUGCUGUGAUCUCCAUAGGCGUUGGUAUUGCCACAGAAGGCUGGCCAAAAGGAAUGUAUGAUGGGCUAGGAAUAGUACUUUGCAUUCUCCUGGUAGUGAUAGUCACCGCAAGUAGUGAUUAUAAGCAGUCCUUGCAAUUUAAGGUCUUGGAUAAGGAGAAGAAAAAUGUGCUUGUUCAGGUUACUAGAGAAGGCUGCAGGCAGAAGGUUUCAAUUUAUGAUUUGGUAGUUGGUGAUAUUGUUCAUUUCUCUAUUGGAGAUAUAGUUCCUGCAGAUGGUGUUCUUAUAUCAGGACAUAGCUUAUGCAUGGAUGAAUCAAGUUUGUCAGGGGAGAGUGAACCUGUGGAUGUGAGUAAGGACAGGCCUUUUCUGCUAUCAGGAACCAAAGUGCAGAAUGGAUCUGGUAAAAUGCUGGUGACAGCAGUUGGUAUGAGGACUGAAUGGGGUAGAUUGAUGGUUACCUUGAGCGAAACCGGGGAAGAUGAAACGCCAUUGCAAGUGAAGCUUAAUGGAGUGGCGACAAUUAUCGGGAAAAUAGGUUUAGCUUUUGCAGUAACAACAUUUUUGGUUAUGAUGGGAAGGUUUCUAUUAGCGAAGGCACGCCAUCAUGAGAUUACAGAAUGGUCUGCUAGUGAUGCAAUGCAGGUCUUAAAUUUCUUUGCUGUUGCAGUGACUAUAAUUGUUGUUGCAGUCCCUGAAGGGCUUCCUUUGGCAGUAACACUGAGUCUUGCAUUUGCAAUGAAGAAAUUAAUGAACGACAGAGCACUGGUAAGGCAUCUCUCUGCAUGUGAAACAAUGGGUUCCGCAAGUUGCAUUUGUACAGAUAAAACUGGAACGUUGACUACAAAUCAUAUGGUGGUUAAUAAAAUAUGGAUAUGCGAUGAGACGAAAUCAAUAGGAAGCAAUGAAUAUCAAGAUGUUUUGUUCUCUAUGAACAAAGUUGUGCAAGAUAUCCUUUUGCAGUCUAUAUUUCAGAAUACUGCCUCAGAGGUAGCCAAAGGAAAAGAUGGAAAGACUAACAUCUUGGGGACGCCAACAGAGACAGCAAUAUUAGAGUUUGGAUUGCAAUUGGGUGGUGAUUUUAAAGUUCAUCGCAAAGAUUCUGAUAUAGUGAAGGUUGAACCAUUCAAUUCAGACAAGAAAAAGAUGUCUGUGCUUGUUUCUCUACCUAACAAUCGUGGGUUUCGAGCAUUCUCCAAAGGCGCAUCAGAAAUAAUCCUAAGAAUGUGUGACAAGUUGGUGGGUAAAGAUGGGGAGACCAUAACACUUUCCGAAGUGCAAAGAAACAAAAUCACUGAUUUUAUUAAUGAUUUUGCUUGUCAAGCUCUGCGAACUUUAUGCUUGGCUUACAAAGAUAUAGAAAACCUUUCUAAUAAGGAUGCUAUUCCUGAAGAUAACUAUACACUAAUAGCUGUUAUUGGAAUUAAAGAUCCUGUAAGACCCGGGGUAAAGGAGGCUGUCAAGACUUGUUUAGCUGCUGGUAUUACUGUGCGUAUGGUCACCGGUGACAACAUCAAUACUGCAAAAGCCAUAGCUAGAGAAUGUGGAAUUUUGACAGGUAAUGGUGUGGCAAUUGAGGGGCCAGAUUUUCGUAAUAAAAGCACUCAGGAGAUGGAGGAGAUCAUACCAAAACUUCAGGUAAUGGCUCGCUCCUCGCCCUCAGAUAAGCAUAAACUGGUUACCCAAUUGAGGAAUGUCUUUAAAGAAGUUGUGGCAGUAACUGGUGAUGGGACUAAUGAUGCUCCUGCCUUGGCUGAGGCAGACAUUGGGCUUGCCAUGGGCAUAGCAGGAACAGAGGUUGCAAAAGAAAGCGCUGAUGUUAUCGUAAUGGAUGACAACUUUACUACUAUAGUGAAUGUGGCAAGAUGGGGCAGAUCAGUUUAUAUAAACAUCCAGAAGUUCGUACAGUUUCAGUUAACAGUCAAUGUUGUUGCCCUAAUGAUCAAUUUCAUUUCAGCAUGUGCCUCAGGCGAUGCUCCACUUACUACCGUUCAACUGCUCUGGGUAAACUUGAUAAUGGACACUCUUGGUGCUCUAGCAUUAGCCACAGAGCCUCCUCAUGAUGGACUCAUGAAAAGACCUCCAAUAGGCAGGAAUAGAAAUUUUAUCACCAAGAUCAUGUGGAGGAAUAUUAUUGGGCAGAGCAUAUAUCAGAUCGUUGUCCUUGUGCUGUUCCAGUUUUACGGGAAACAGCUUCUCAAGCUUACUGGUUCAGAUGCUACAGAUGUCCUUAACACUUUCAUAUUCAAUACCUUUGUCUUUUGCCAGGUGUUCAAUGAGAUAAAUAGCCGAGACAUGGAGAAGAUAAAUGUUUUCUGGAGAGUCUUCGAUAGCUGGGUUUUCCUGGGAGUGAUGUUCUCCACAGUAGCUUUCCAAAUUGUAAUAGUUGAACUCCUCGGCGCAUUUGCUGACACUGUUCCUCUAAGCUGGGGGUUAUGGAUGGCCAGUGUCUUAAUUGGAGCUGCAAGCUUAGUUGUUGCUUGUGUGUUGAAGUGUAUUCCUGUUGAAAUAAGUGAAGGCCAGGAAGUUGGCAAGCAUCAUGAUGGUUAUGAACCCCUUCCCUACGGUCCAGAUCAGGCAUAAUUAAAAUAUAUUACAUGGGCUUGAGUAAAUUUUAGUGGCAGCUUGCAAUGAAAUCAUGUAAAAAAGAAUUAUUCUUGAAGCUUGAAAUGAUAUCAUGCCAAGUGAAUUAUUCCUGAGGCUUGGAAUGAUAUCGGCAGUAUCUGAAGCUGUCCUACGAAAGCAUGACUACCACAUAGUCAACUAUUCUUUGAGAUUCUUUGUUUAUUUUUUCUUUUUUAUAAUUGAACAACAAAUGAAAUUCAUUAUAGAAUAUUCUUGGAAUAGGAGAACGGGGUUGGGUCUUUUCUUUGUAGAUUGUUCUGUACCUCUCACAUUGGUGCAAAAAUUGCAAAUUUUCUUUAUUUU